AUGUCUUCAGUGGAAAGAAUAAUUGAGUUUUUACCUAACGAAUAUGGAUAUGUAAUAUUAGUAGGAUGUGGCAGUGUAGCUGUUAACAUGUGGAUGGCCUUUAAAGUUGGUGCUGCUAGAAAGAAGUAUGGUGUUGAGUACCCCAAACUAUACAGUGACGACAAUGAUACAUUCAACUGUAUUCAAAGAGCUCAUCAAAACACACUUGAGGGAUAUCCACAGUUUCUAAUGUUAUUGUUUGUUGGAGGAUUACAAUACCCUAAAGUCACAGCUGGUUUAGGAGCUGUGUGUUUACUUGGAAGAAUAGCCUAUGCCUUGGGCUAUUACUCUGGAGGUAAGCUUAUAGAUUUAGAUUUUUGUGAUUAUCUUCCUGAUGUGAUAUGA